AUGUCGCAGCUUUCGCACCAGAGUAGGGAACAUCCGUCUGAUGCCCACGCCUACUCCUCCCACCCGCACUCCCACCAUCAGACACAUCAGCAGCGGCCUCACCAUCUUCAACACCAACCUCUCACUCAGUACCAGAGCCAUCCUGCCCCCGGCCCUCCCUAUACUCCUGUGUCGCCCACCAGUGCAUCCCAGCUCGACUAUGCCCAGGACAGCCCUACUAUAGGCCGCGCUCAAGUUCACCACAUUCGUGGCCAGCAUUCUGGUCCCGUCCCUAGUCCCAUCACCAUUGUCCCCCUCGGUGUUCAUGCCUCAGGUUCAGGCUCAGGUCCAGGUUCAGGUUCAAUUUCAGGCUCCGGCUCCGGCUCCCUGACCUCAUCAUCACCCACUAGUCCUUUGCCCAGCGCUGGUGCCAGAUUCCGGAAACCUGCACCCAGUCCGCUGCAUAAUACCACAGCUAUCUCUCCUCCCACCAGUCCUAGUCCCAGACAAUCACAUUUCAAGGUCUCCUUCGGAGCUCACGGUUCGCCCAUCAAUUCGCCGACGACGCCUUUGGCUUCACAAACAACAAGCGCCUCGUCAGAAGCUGCCGAAACGUUACCGCGACAAAGGACGGGGGACAGCCUCGACGCCGAGAAGUCAUACUACCACAGUGAUUCCUCGGGCACAGCGACUCCCGAAGACAAGACAACACCCGGAUCCUCGUUCCUACGAUCCACGCAUGAUAGCAGAAGCGUGUCCGACCCCGUGAAGAAGCCACUUGGAGCCUCGACCAACUCAUCUUCUCAGGCCAUGCCUGGGUCCUCGAGGAUGGAGAAGGUGAAGGGUGCUCCAAGAAACUCGUCCAUCGACUCUGCUAUCUCCGCCAUUUCUACUGGGUCAUCAACUCCCAAAAACCCUCAAGAUGGCUCCUCCAGCCCCGCCGAUAUCUCAAAGUUGAUCAAAGCCGCUGGCUCUCCUGAGGCGGUGAUACAAUACUUGCUGAAAGAGAAGAAUUCGCAGACACAGCAGAAUUCCCAGCUAUGGCGUUUGGUGGACAAGCAAAGGGCCAUGAUUCUGGGUCUCAACAAAGACCUGGAACGGGCCCUGAAAGACAAAGAAAAAUACAGGAAAAAGCUAAAAGAAGUAAUGACUCUGCAAACAAUCCCAUCGGUUUCGUCAGCCUCGGCGGUACAAGGCCGAGGGUCCGCAGUGAGUCUUGCACAGGCAGAUGACGACACAGCUAAGAAGACCCCCGACGACGUACCUGCGUCUCCCAGCGUUGAGUCCGAGAACAUGAGGCAUUCUCCGAUUGACGUCUCGAUGGCACCUUACCCGAUCACGCCCCCAGCAGAUCAGUGCAGCAACGGGCCUCCUUCGGCUGUCGGGGAGAUUUUGGAUCCCUCGCACUCGAUGCCAGAAGCGAGCGAGCAUGCCUUGGAUAACUUCGACCAUGAUGCCCAAGAGAGGGACGCGGAGGAUUCGAAAGAUCUGGCAUACGCGAAAAACGAUAUUCCAAUCAAUUUCGCACUGCCACCCUCCAGGUCUCUUCCUGAGCGGCCUCCGCCCCCGCAAGGUGCACUACCAGCGCCACCACGGCAAGCGCCUCGCUCGGAACUCGACGAUUUUGUGGACGAAGACGGAACUUCACGCUUCCCAUCUGUCCCAGCCCCGCCUCCAAGAAAGCCUCCACCAGCACCAUUGCAGCUCCAAGACCAAGACUCGAGCUCGGCUCUCCCGCCUGACGAGGACUUCGAGAGCGAUUCGGACUACGAUGAUCUUCUAGAGGUUAACGAGGUUGCGGCUGAGAAGCGCGGCCGCAGAAGAACACGUCAGGAAGAUGAUGAAUUGCGUGAAGCCCUGGUCCUGAAAGAGGUGGAGGCACGAAGCCAAUCAAAGAAAAGCAAGAGCAGCGCAAAGGAGACGCCACAGGAGGCCACGCCAGAAAUCCACUUGGCGCAGAGCUCACCAAAAUCGCUGAACAGACCAAACGCUCCUGGUUCUUUGGCGGGAAUGCUGGAUGGCAACCUCUCGAGCACCGCUUUACCUCUGCGAAGCCCUGGUCUGCCUUUAAGCCCUCGUCCUACACACAUGGGCGAGGGGCUGAGCUCACCACCUCAGUCACCACGGCAAAGUGGCGUCACCAUGCCACUAUCACCUCGUGCACCCCGACAACCAAUUCCUCUACCUCCGAACACGCCCCUGCAAACCCCACCGAGCGAGCCCUUGGUGUUGAGGUCGCCACAGCCCCUCAACAUUGUAAAGGCUGCCGUUGAUGCGGAGACGGCCGACAGCCCAACUUCAGAGAGCCGCGCAAGCCAGAUUGAACGAACCAGGGUGUUUAAAGGUUUUGUCACCGAGGAAUACCCAGAUCUUUUAUUGCCUCCAAAUGCCAUACCGUCAGUUAUGGUCAAAGUUGCAUCGUCACGGAUGAAGCCAUCGCGCGCGAGCUUGAUCUCGCUGACGCAACUGGAGGAGGACCCGGUGUUUACAUUGGCGAUCAUCUCCCGAUCCGAAGGUGGAGAGCUUUGGCGAGUUGAAAAGGACUCGGUGUCUCUCUCCAAGCUAGACCAAAGGUUGAAGCAGUGUGCAGCAUUCAUUGCGAGGACCCCAGAUCGUACAUUGUUCAGUGGCCACGCCCCAGCGAAGCUCGAUGCUCGCCGCCAAGCCCUUGACCAAUAUUUAGAUGAAGCGCUCAACACUGCACUUGACACGUCCACCGCCGUGGAACUCUGCAGAUAUUUGUCCACUAAUGUUUUGCCACCAAAUGCUGACGAGAUGGGCUCGUCGACAGGUCCAGCAGACGAAGGCGCACCAAAAUUGGGACCUGGUGGACGACAGUUCAAGACCGGCUAUCUGACUAAGAGAGGCAAGAACUUUGGCGGCUGGAAGGCUAGGUUCUUCAGCGUUGAAGGUCCUCACUUGAAGUAUUUCGAGACACCCGGAGGAGCACAUCUGGGCACCAUCAAACUUCCAGGAGCCCAAAUCGGCAGACAGUCGCAGCCAGGAGGUGACGCGCCAUCGCCAGCUCGCCCCAUCGAUGAAGCCGAGAAUCAAUAUCGCCACGCCUUCCUUAUCCUGGAACCGAAGAAGAAGGACCCCAGCGCUAUGACCAAACAUGUUCUCUGUGCCGAGAGUGACAAAGAACGCGACCAAUGGGUAGAAGUCUUACUGCAAUGGACCAAUUUCAAAGACGCGGACGAAGACAGCAAGCGCGAGCAAGCUCGCGAGCAACAGGGCUCGGCACAGGGUCAUGUGAAGGGCGCAAACGCCAAGAAGAAGAUGCACCCUCGCCCUCAGCAGCAGCAGCAGCAGCAGCAGGCCAAGGACAGCGAGGACGCUUUGAUUGGGGUUAGUUACGAGACUACGAAGCAAGGCGAUGUUCCGAAGAUGGGCGGCCCCGACCACCCACAACCCUCACCAGCGGCAGGUUUCGGCUCUCAGCCGUCUUACAGCAUCUCUGCUCCUCGAGACCCCCAAGUGAUCUCUGACAUGUCGAUGUGGGGAAAUAGAAUGGGUGGACUCAAUAUUCCUCCCGGCAUGGACGAAAAGAAAGUCAAGAAGCGCAGUUUCUUCGGUUUUGGACCAAAACAGAGAUCCUCAAGCGAUGGUACUGACUCGCUUUUUGGUGAAAGUUCUGGAUCCCCUGGCACUUCGGGUUCGAGAGAGGUUUACAACGGACCCGUUCGUCGAACCUUCGGCGCACCUCUGGCUGAAUCCGUGCGGUACAACCCUCCCAGAGAUGUCCGCGUGCCACUGCCUGCUGUGGUGUAUCGUUGUAUUCAAUAUCUGGAUGCUAAGGGAGCGGUCACCGAAGAGGGCAUCUUCCGUCUCAGCGGUUCGAACGUUGUCAUCAAGUCGUUGAAGGAACGCUUCGACAUGGAGGGUGACGUUAAUCUGCUCGCAGACGAACAGUACCACGACAUCCAUGCGGUUGCCUCUAUGCUAAAGGCAUACCUGCGGGAGUUACCAACCAGCAUCUUGACCAGAGACUUGCAUUUGGAUUUUGUGGCAGUCACCGAGAUGAGUAGUCAAGCGGAUAAGAUCGCGGCGUUGAGCGAACUCGUCACGAGACUCCCACAACCAAAUGCUACAUUGCUGAAGUAUUUGAUCGCCUUCCUGAUCAAGGUUAUCAACCAUGCCGAUCAAAACAAGAUGACGGUCCGAAAUGUUGGCAUUGUCUUCUCACCAACGUUGACCAUCCCUGCGCCAGUCUUUGCCUUGUUCCUGCAAAACUACGAAGCCAUCUUUGGCAUUGUGCCGGAAGAGUACGAACUGCCCACACCAGGAUCAUUCGAGGAGCAACGCGGGUCCGGCCUCGACCUUCCUCCAAGACCAUCAACAUCAUCCGCAGCCAGAGAAUCCCCGCACCGCCACCGUCUCGCGGAGGCCCUUCAGGAGGGACGAAGAGGUAAUACGCCUCCUCCUGCUAGUUUGAAUCCUCUCGGCGGUUUCACACAAGCAAGAUCCACACCGACACCUCCCCUCAUCCAGCAACGCAGCUACGAGCCGUCAUACUUGGCCCAGCAGAGUAGCGGCGGUAACAAUAUCGCUGUUCGCCCUGCGUAUGAGAGCGUAAUCAUGCCACCAGGCCUGGACCCUAGUCAAUACUAUGCGGCACAGCAGCGCAUGGUCAAUCCAGGCUAUGAUCGGCCCAUAUACGAGACUGGUGCCGCGUACGACCAACCACAAUCCGUCCGGGCUAGUCGUCGAGAAAGCUCAAUGAUGAUGAUGGGUGUUCCCAGGGGACUCACGCCGCAAAGCUCUAUGGGCCGCCUGAGGGAGGACCCCCAAUUCUGA